AUGUUCAACAUCUCAAAGUCGUUCAUCUUGAUCACUGUGACCAAAGGUGGAUCCUCAAAGGUCAUGGGUAUCUUCAGAGUGUUGAACACUGAGGUGCUAUCUGUACUCUUUGUUCGCUUGCUACUCUUUGGCAGACCAGUUGUCGGUGACACUGACACACGUGACUUGCGU